GCUUUCUCCACCCUCUUCUUCGGCUCGUCGUCAUUACUGCGAUUAUUCUUUUCGUAGACAUACUUCGAUGGGCUUUUCCUCUUCUCCAUGGCCAAUCACGCCACCUGCGCUAGAUUGACCGGCGUUGCCCGCACCAUCCCCGAACCGGUGGCCGGCCCGCUCCAAUCGACCCGGUGCAAACCCAUAGCGGGCUUCCUCCGCUUCCACCUCACGCUCCUCCACUCCCUCUCCUAACCCCCGUCGAGCGACCCUGAUGGCCCGGGUCUUCCUCCACCACGUCGUCGGCGACCUCACCCUCGGCAAGCCCGAGCUGGUCGAGUUCUCCGAGGCGGAGACGGUCGAGGCGGCCGUCCGCGCCAUCGGGGACUCCGCGGACGGCGCGAUCGCCGUCUGGCGGAGGAGGCCGAUGGAGCCGGCGCCGCCACCUUCGGCUGAGAGGUUUAUCGGGAUGUUGACCUCGUUGGACGUGGUGGCCUUCCUCGCCCGGGCCGGCGCCGACCAGGAGAGGGCCAUGAGGACGCCGGUCUCGGAGCUGGUGGCGCCCAACCCCAGCCUGCUGAAGGAGGUGGAUCCUGGAACAAGUUCUCAUACCUUCUGUCGGAAGCAAAGAAGAUGUGGGUUAACUUUGGCUUCAAGGUUAAUUGAUGCACUGGAGAUGAUGAAACAAGGGGUAAGGCACCUCCUUGUGCGCAAAAGCAUCGUGUGGAAAGGCUUCAGCAAGCGCUUUUCCAUUCUUUACAAUGGUAGAUGGCUCAAGAACACUCAGAGCUCAUCCUUGGGUGGAGAAAGCAACAGUGACCGACCGUCAACUUCUGCUCUCCCUGACAAUAAGUUUUGCUGCCUCUCUCGGGAAGAUGUGGUCCGUUUUCUGAUAGGUUGCCUCGGUGCUCUAGCCCCGCUUCCUUUAUCUUCAAUCUCCUCGGUCGGAGCCAUUGGUUCAAACUAUGCUUACAUUGAAGCCUCCUCACCUGCCCUUGAAGCCAUCUAUAAGAUUCCUCAUGACCCAUGCGCGAUUGCAGUUGUUGAGACAAACUCCGAAGGCAGUCACAAGAUAAUAGGAGAUAUAUCUGCAUAUAAGCUAUGGAAAUGUGACUACUUGGCUGCCGCAUGGGCUAUGGCAAACUUGUCAGCCGGACAAUUUGUUGUAGGAGCAGAUGAUUAUGGCACCACACCAGUUUCCGUGCCGGAACUCCCCAUUGAUUCAUCAGCAGGUGAUACUGGGGCUGGAGACUCAUCACGACCUAGGAAAUUCAGCAGCAGGAGUAUCGGGUUCUUCAGUAAUCAGGUGAACCAGAUGUCGAUCGGGAGGCUGAGGAGCAUGUACCGCGGGAGGAGCGCACCCUGGACCUGCAAGCACACGAGUUCACUGGCUGCCGUCAUGGCCCAGAUGCUGUCCCACAGGGCCACCCAUGUAUGGGUCACAGAUGCUGAUUUGGACGACGACACCUUAGUUGGCAUUAUCUCCUACACCGACAUCCUGAAUGCGGUCACCAAGCAUCCGACACCAUGAAUUUGUCUCCUCCCGUGUUGUGUUUGUUUGAUCAUCUUUAAAGGUUUUCAGGCACCCUUUUCUUCAUACUGAAUCAAUAGAGUUAUGUAUGUAUGCAUAUGGUAUAUGAUGAACUAUACUCUUUGUCAUCUGAGCUUUGCAUCAUAUUUCUGUAUACCUAUGUUUGUGACAUGUUAAAAUCAAUGAGAAAGGGAUAUAAUGUUAUGGAGUGAA